UCCAUCCAUCCUUCAGUCUCCUCUCGUUCCUGAAGAAAACCAACUCAUCAGCUUCAGCUUCAUCUUUCUCCUUUUCAUCAAGAUGCAGUGCACAUCCUCACUCGGACAUUUUUCAUCACCUUACUGGAGUAGAACCCUAAAGAAAACAGAUUUUUCAAAAUCGCUGUCCACUGAUGUCCCCGUCCAUCCCCCUACAGCAGUGCUGUUGCCCGACUGGGCCUACAAGCCGGCGUGGUCUUCGGGUUCGCGUCAGGUGCAGCUGUGGCACUUCCUGUUGGAGCUGCUGAGCGGCGGCGGGCAGGGAGACACCAUCGGCUGGGGGGGCGAGUGGGGCGAGUUCGUCAUCCACGACCCCGAGAGGCUGGCGAGGCUGUGGGGCGAGAGGAAGGGAAAGCCGCACAUGAAUUAUGACAAGCUCAGUCGGGCACUAAGAUAUUACUACAACAAGCGAAUCCUGCACAAAACCAAAGGCAAGCGAUUCACAUACAAGUUCAACUUCAGCAAAUUCAUCCUGGUCAACUACCACCUGCCGCCAUCCUGUUACCGCCUGCCGCCAUCUUGUCAUCAGAUGCUCCAGAGCCACCCUCUUGCCUUCCCUCUCCUCCGCAGCGAGAGCGGUCUUCCGAUCCAGGCAUCCCGGCCUCACCUGUUCUCGCCUCCAUGCUGCCUCCCUCAUCAUCUUCAAUAUCAUCAUUAUCAUCAUCAUCAUCCCAUCCCACCGCCACCUCUUCUCCAGACCUCCUCACCCUUCAUCACCUGGCAGGACCACCUAAGUCAUCUUUAGCUCGGAAAGCAAACUCAAGGAGAGGCUGGGGAGCUUUGACGGACUUGUCACAAAGCUAUAAAAAAUUAUUUUCGUAGAUUUAUCGCCUUUUUUCCUCCCAGUGAGGGGAUUGCACUAACAAUG